AUGUUGGCUCUCAAUGACACUUCUCCUUGGCCCACUUUUUCCUUUAUUGGUAUUCCUGGUCUGGAGGCUGCACAUAUGUGGGUCUCCAUCCCCUUCUGUCUCUUAUACCUGAUGGCUCUAGGGGGUAAUGCUCUUCUUCUCAUUCUAGUUAGUGUGGAACAAAAUCUUCAUGAGCCCCAGUUCUAUUUUCUGGCCAUGCUAGCACUCACUGACCUUGGCCUUUCAUUGUCAACAAUGCCAAGUGUCUUGGCCAUCUUCUGGUUUGAUGUCCACCGUAUUGGCCUUAAUGCCUGCCUGACCCAAAUGUUCUUCAUCCACACCCUGUCUUCAGUAGAGUCAGGUGUCCUGGUGGCCAUGGCUUUUGACCGCUUGGUUGCCAUUUGUUCUCCACUUAACUACACCAGGAUCCUGACCCACUGCACUGUUGGCUGCCUUAGUGGGGCUGCCCUCAUACGAGGUGCCACUCUACUGGCCCCACUGCCUUUUUUUCUCAAGGCCUUUUAUUUCUGUGGGACUAAUAUUCUCUCACACUCCUAUUGCUACUACCCUGAUAUGUUGAACCUGGCCUGUGGGGAUGUUACUUUCAGCAGUGUCUACGGACUGGUAUGUGUACUCUGCACAUUUGCAGUGGAUGUUAUCUUUAUCCUCAUCUCCUACGUGAAGAUCCUGGGUACUGUUAUGAAACUGGGGAUCAAAGACGGAAACUGGAAAUCACUGCAAACCUGUGCCUGUCACCUGUGCACAGUGCUUGUGUUCUACCUGCCCUUCAUCAGCCUUGCAGUACUGCAUCGUUAUACCCAGGAGACCUCCCCAGUUCUAUAUACCACCAUGAGCAAUGCCUACCUCCUCAUGACACCACUGCUGAACCCUCUGGUCUACAGCCUGAAAUCCAGGCAGAUCCAAGCUGCCCUGCGCAAGAGAUUUUGGGUGCAACGCGUUGCUGCUGGGGAAUGA